CCAUCACGGGCAGAAUGCGGCUUCAACUGUCGUCGCUGGCGCUUGGAGCCCUGUGCUUCUCGACUGUGCCGUUUGCGAACGCCGCCGUAGAUAUCCCUCCCGACACUCCAGUCUCACAAUUGAUCGCAAGCGCCAAUGCCAAUCUGGCAAAGGGCAAAGCUCACGAUGCACUCACAUACUUUGACGCAGCCAUACACAAGGACCCGAGCAAUUACCUGACACUUUUCAAGCGAGGCGCGACAUAUCUGUCCCUUGGCAAGAACCUCCAAGCGCAGAAGGACUUCGAUCAGGUCCUCACACUUAAGCCAGGCUUCGAGGGAGCAUUGAUCCAAAGAGCCAAGAUCAAAAGCAGAAAUGCCGAUUGGGCAGGUGCCAAGCAGGACUACAUCGCGGCGAAGAAACAGGACACGGAAGAUUGGCAGCAGCUGGAGGAGGCAGAAGGAGCAGCGAAGCUAUCAGCAGACGCUGAGAAGGCAGGCGAUUGGGAAGCAUGUGUGACACACGCUGGAACUGCGAUUGUGGUCGCUGGGACAGCUUUGGAGCUGCGACAGCGAAGAGCCAGGUGUCGCUUUGAGAAGGGCGAGAUCAUGGAAGGAUUGGCAGACCUGAACCACGUUCUUCAAAUCAACCCAGGAAACCCGGAACCAUACCUCAAAAUAUCAGCCAUGUCCUUCUAUUCGCUUGGCGAGAUCGAAAAGGGCACCACUGCGGUAUCGAAGUGUCUGCAGAACGAUCCCGACAACAAGGCCUGUGCUAAGCUUCGAAAGAGCGAGAAGGCGAUCGAGCGAACGUACAAGAAAUUCAAUGCCUUCUUCGAGAAGAAGCAAUACGCGUCGGCAGUGAAGCUAUUGAUAACACAAGGAGACGAACCAGGACUUCUAGAAGACAUCACGCACGACGUCGCGGCAUGGCGAGAAGCAGGGUACAUUCAUCCAAAUGCGCCCAGUGGACUCUACGACACUCUUGUGGAGCAGACUUGCGAAGCCUACAGCGAGAUGAACAACAAGAAGGCCACUCCAUAUUGCGAGGAAGCUUUGAAAUACAAUCCGAAGUCUUUGCCGGGUCUCCUCAACAAGGCACAGACACAAAUUGCUGCAGACGACUUCGAGGCCGCGCUCGGUACUCUUCAACAGGCAAAUGAAGAGCACGGUUCGAAUCCGAAGAUUCAGGAACUGCACAGAAAAGCGCAAACGCUGCUGAAGAGAAGCAAACAGAAGGACUACUACAAGGUGCUCGGCGUUUCUCGAGACGCUGAUGAGCGAGAGAUCAAAAAGGCGAUGAGGAAGCUUACGAAGGAGUACCAUCCAGACAAGGCGGCAAAGAAUGGCAUGAGUCAGGAAGAAGCGCAGAAGAAGAUGUCUGCCAUCAACGAAGCAUACGAGGUUCUUUCUGACCCCGAGUUGAAGGAGCGAUUCGAUCGUGGCGAAGACCCCAACGAUCCACUACAAGGCCAGGGUGGCAAUCCAUUCCACGGCUCACCGUUUGCUUUUCAAAAUGGACAACCUAUAUUCUUCCAGCAAGGCGGGGGAGGUCAACACUUCACGUUUCGAACUGGAGGCAACGGUCGCGGAGGCUUCGGAGGCUUCCCCUUCAACUUUGGUUGAGCAUUUGUGGUUUGAAGGGUUGCAUUUAUCAAAGGCGUUUGAGAUAGGGAUGGAUAGCGAAGAGCUCUGCUGUCUUGAUGAUACCAUUACUAUUGCUAAAGUAGGCCAUGCUGGGGUUUCAGAGCCCCUGGUGGCUGAGAUGUGCGAUGAUGAAUAUACCGAGUUCAGUGCUG